GUGUAUCCACAAUUGAUUUCACGAAUCUGUAAACUCAGUAAACUGUAGUUGUUUGUUGAUCAGGAAACGGUGCAGGCAGGUGUGUCUUGCAACUACAAGGAGAAAAGAUUUAUCGGAACCUGUGUGUCCAGUUGUUUUGACGACAACGAUGUCUUUAAGUCUCGACGAUAAACUGCUAGGGGAGAAAGUUCACUACUACUGCAGCAGUAGUGAAGAGAGUGAUGGAGAAGAUUCAGAUGAGAGGGACGACGAAGACGUCAACAAUUCCCGUGUCAUCAAAGAUUCCUCGGCCUGGUCUGACGGAGACCGCCAGGCGGAGAACAAUGGAAUAGUCACAAAUACUGGACCCAAAGGUGUGCUGAAGGACUGGAGAGAGUUCAAGAGAUUGGAGACUGAGAAAAGAGAGGAACAGGAGAAAGACAAGCUGAGUUUAGCAAAGAAACUCACUCUGACUUGCCGAUCUCAUUUAAAUGAUGAGGAGGAGAAAGAUGCAGAUGCAGAAUUUCUGGCGCAGUUGGAAGAUCUGGAAGAUGAGUUUCUCAAGGAAUAUCGACUGAAAAGGAUAGAAGAGAUGAGACAUGCUCUGGCAGAAAUCCCAAAGUUUGGCAAGCUCAUCUCCCUGACCGCUCACAAUUUCCUGGAGGAAGUGGACGGGGAGAAUCCAGGUGUCACAAUCAUUGUACACAUCUUUGAACAGCAUGUACCUGCGUGUGAGACGAUGAACGGGUGUCUGGGCUGCCUGGCCAACGAGUAUCCAACCAUCAAGUUCUGCCGCCUGUCCGCUUCAGACGCUCGGAUGAGUUUCAAAUUUUCGGAGGAGGGAGUGCCGGCAUUGCUCGUCUACAAGAACAAGGAGCUGAUCGGAAACUUCAUCAGGCUGGGCCAGGAGUUUGGAGACGAUUUCUACGCCAACGAUAUCGAGAGUUUUCUCCAGGAGCACAGUUUCCUCCCGUCCAAAGAGUCGAUGUACGUGAUCCGCGACAAAACCACGGGGGAGAUCCGAGGAGCCCUGCAGGAAGAUGAGGACAGUGGCAGCGACUUCGACAUCGACUGAUACUUUCUACGAUUUCUCAACCUCAGGGGGGGGCAGGGGACGACAUAGAAUGAUACUUUCUACUCACCCUUGGGGGGGGGGGGGU